CCAUGAUGAGUACGAUAAUAUUUUACGACAAUCACAAUAAAUCCUAUGUUUUUUGCUCUUGCAGUUUCAACCCUAUUGACUUUGCGAUAAGACGAAAAUAAAUCCAUAAAUGUAUGUAUUACAUUCGCUAAAAUCAUCAGCCACGCAAUAUUUAGACGAUUACUUUAUAGAUAAUCACUGCGGAUAUACAUAGCAUGGACAAAAUAAUCAAUAACCAAACAACGAUAAGAUAAUGUCAGUUUACUGUUCGCCAUUUGGAAAUAGAAGUCCAUGAAGUUACAAUAGUGAUUAUUGUGAAAAUACAUUUGCAAAGGCGAAAAUGGUUGAUGAGGUUAAACCUGACAAUAAUGUAAGAAGACAUAUCUUCAGGCUGCACGAGAGAAUACAAAAUAAGUACAUUGAAAUGCAGAAGAAAUUGGAAAAAUCCCGAUCAGUAGGAUCAAUAUCAAAUUUGAGUGAUGAUUUUAGUUACAAAGAGUCAAUAUAUUCUAGUGAAUUAGAUAUCAGAGAGACAGAAGAUGAAGUGUUUCGGUGUGAAAGUUCAUACGUGACACAAACUGUAACUGUAGAAGAAAUCCGCAGAAGUAGUGCUAUUCCUCACGAAAUUGAGUACAUUGAAGCUACAUUUGCAGAAAUCGAAAAUGAAAGUUCAGUUACAGAACAUGAUGAAGAAGAAAUAUUGGAAGACAAAUCCUUGGAAAAGCCUGGACGAAAUUAUAUCGAAAUACAUAAGAGUAACUCCAGUGUCGGGAGCAUGGAAUCAUUGAAUGAAAUUGGUAAAGACAAAGAAAUUCAUCCUCACCGGACAAUUCGACAAAGAAUCAAUUCACGUCUCAAUGCUGCCAAAGAAAAAAGGAAAAGGGAAGAGAAAGAAAAAGUAAUAAAGGAAAAUUUGAAAAAAGAGUUAAUGCUAAACACAAAACAAGAAAUCAAAAUUAACAGAAAAAACAAACUGGCGACUGUGAGCGUAGCUUUAAUAGAAGCGACUGGACUCGAGGGCACAGCUGACGAAAAGUCACGUCUUCUAAAUUGCAGACUUAGGUUAGGUCCCGAAAAAGUAAAAACUAAAACCAUCAAAUCAAAUAAGUCAGUAGUGAAAUGGCAGGAGCUAUUCAACAUCAACAUGUAUGACGAUCUCAUGCUCGAAGUUUCAGUGUUUGACAAAGACACUUUCAUAGGCAGACACAUGCUAGAUUUAUCCGACGUAGAAAGGGAAAAGACGCAUAAAAUGCGAUUAGAUCUGGAAGGCAGCGAUAUAACUGGCGUACAGAUAUUUAUACUGCUCACUAUCUCUGGCAUAUCCUCGCAUAAUUCUCUGUGGGAAAUCGAAGAUCUGGAGUCGAGAAAGAAUUUGCAUAGACAGAGAGAUUCAUGGUAUAGCUUAGAAGGCGACUUUUCUGAUGUGGGUCGCCUUUUAGUCAUAGUCUAUGGAGCCAAAGGCCUGAUAUCGCAAGAAUGCUACUGUGUCCUGAAAUUGGGCAACGAAAGACUACAGACUCACACGGAAUACAAAACUUACGACCCUAACUGGAUGAAGUUGUUCACAUUUGAUCUGAAUGAUAUUACAUCAAUACUAGAAGUGACAGUGUAUGAAGAAAAAAAGUCUGAAGAAGUCGGCAAAGUCUCAAUACCUCUUCUAAAAAUACACAGCGGAGAAAAGGUGUGGUACGCACUCAAAGACAGCAAUCAAAGAGACAGGGCUAAAGGUCAAAACCCUAGGAUAUUGCUAGAAAUGUGUUCUUCGUGGAAUUUGCUGAAAGCAUCGCUACGAGUUAUAAAUCCCAAGGAAGCAUACCUCUUAGAAACCGAAGAAAAGUUGGACAGACGAGUAUUCGCAAGGAACCUGUCAAGAGCGAAGGCCGUCAUAAAAUGGACUUUAGACGCCCUGAAAGUAAUCAAAACGUGUUUUGAGUGGGAAUCAAGGAAAUCCAAUGCCAUAGCAUUGUUUAUUUGGACUAUAUUCUGCUGGAACUUCAGGGUGUGGAUGACCCCUUUGCUCCUUCUGAUACCUUUCGUAAAAUAUAGACCACAAAAAUACUAUCUAGUCAAUUGGAGAAAAUAUUUUCUAAAAGGACCUAAAGUAGUUGAAAUCGUCAAACUUGAAAAGGAAGAAAAGUCGUCGUUGAUACAAAAGUUGAACAGCUUACAGGAAAUGAUACAGUCCGUACAAAAUGGUAUUGGAAAAGUCGCGAGCCUUGGGGAGAGUAUUAAAAAUUUAUGUAACUUCACGGUACCUUACGUGAGUUUCCUGGCAAUAUUCUUUAUUCUGAUGAUAUCGCUGUUCAUGUUUAUAAUACCGCUUAAAUACAUCUUCAUUGGCUGGGGUAUACACAAGUUUACAAGGAAGAUCCUGCGACCGAACAGAAUACCAAACAGCGAGAUAUUGGAUUUGCUCUCCCGAGUGCCGGACGAUGAGACGUUGCUUGAUUGUGAAGAAUUACCAUUGGAAAUUACUCCCGAAGAAGAUGAGACUAAAAUAUCGUAGUUAGUUAUGUGUAAUGUAUAAAAGUUUUAUUAUUUUACCGUAAGUGAUAUCAGAUCUGUUAAUAUAAAAAUAUGUAAGUAUACCUAGUGUAUUAACGAUAUAUUUAAUAACGACUUUAUAAAGAUUUUCUUUUAACUAAUACUUUAUGUAAGCGGCCAAAAUAAUAGAUAUUAAGAAAUGAACAUGGUACUUAAGUAAUAAGAUAGCUAAUUGAAAUGCCAGGACAAU